AGUCUUCUUUUUGACACAUUGUAAAUAAAUACAAAUUUGCCAUAGGUGUAAUCGUGUAACAAUAAAAUAAUAUUCAGUUUUAAUCGUUGAUAUAUUUUUUCACCAUGGGAAAUGCUAUUAAACCACACAUAAAAAAUGCUGAAAAAACUGGAGUUUUACAAAUCGCUAAUACAGGGUUACAUGAGUUUCCUCGAGAGAUGUUUCAGCUAGUCAGUGUUCUUCGAACGUUAGACAUCUCAAACAACAAAAUUGGUAAUCUACCUCCUACAAUUGGAAAUUUUACUAAUCUCAAGAAUUUAACAGCUUGUCAAAUAAGGAUAGCAUCUCUACCAGAAGAAAUUGGAACAUUGAAAAAGCUUGAAAGUGUGAAUUUCAGCAAUAAUGAGCUGACAACUCUACCUGCCUCAUUUGUACAACUUGUUAAUUUAAGGACUAUUAAUUUAAGUAACAAUAAGAUCACAAAUUUGCAACCUGUUUUUGCAAAUAUGAAAAAGCUUGAAUUAUUGGAUAUGUCUCAUAAUAAGCUUGUGGAAGUUCCUGACCAUGUGAAGGAAAUUGCGGCCAUAGAAAUAAAUUUCAAUCAAAAUCAAAUAUCAAUAAUAUCAGAAGCAAUAGCAGAAUGUAACAGGCUGAAAGUUUUGCGAUUGGAAGAAAAUUGUCUUCAGCUGUCUGCUGUGCCAGAAAAAAUACUGACGGAUUCCCAAAUAUCCCUUCUUGCAAUAGAUGGAAAUUUGUUUGAAUCCAAAGAUCUUCAUGCUCGUGAAGGAUGGGAAAAGUAUAUGGAACGAUUCACAGCAACAAAAAAGAAAUUGUAUUAAGUUUUUUCAUUACUGUUUUAAAUCACUUGAUUCCUUCACGUUGUUUCACUGUGCAACAAAGUUUUCACUUAAUCAAUUGAACAAAAGAGAAGAAAGCUUGUAUUUAAAUACUUUAUAUCAUGUUACAAAGCAUCAUUUAUCAGUAAUUUGUCUUUAAACUAAAUGUUUCAAAUUAAAAUUAUCUGCUUUUAAAUGUUUUUGCAUGAUUUCUUUGUGCAUUGUUGUCCUUCAGAACACCUUAUUUAUCUGAAUAAUGUAUUUUAGAAAUAUAGUUUGAAAUAUUUCAUUUCAUUUAUGCUUUGUUAUGUAUUGUUAAUGUAAUCACUUGUUUAUUGUUAAUAUUAUAAUUCUAUAAAAAUUUACUGUAAACAUUAAAUUAUUUGCAAUGAUACCUUUUUAAAGCAGCAAAAAUCAAGAAUAUUAUCUCUUUAACUUUCCAAGGGGUGUGCCCUUUAUUUUGAGAUGAAAGGUAAUGUAUAUUUCCUGGAUAAUUGUGAAACAUAAAUUUUUAGAGGAUAAUAAUUAAAAUUAAGUUGUAAUGACAUAAUAAAUACAAUUUUCAUUUUAAAAUAAUGUAAACAUAAAACACAAAAACAAUCUAAAAUGACCAAAGAAUUAAAUUAAUGUGAAAAUAAAACAAAUGAUAUAUAAAAAUUUUCAAUGUUUUAAUUAAAUAUUUACAUAUAUUAAACUGUAAAAACAAUAUGAACAUGAAAAACAAUUAAAAUUAUAUAUAUAUAUUCAUAAAUCAUAAAAUUAUAUAUUGCUUCAUUGCAAUUCAAACAAAUACACUUCAGCAUAUAAAUUUCUGGAAAAUGUCACAGGUAAGCCUUAUGAUUCUAGUGUGUUUGUCAUUCUUUUCUCCUUUCUUUCUUAUUUCCCCCCCCCCUUCUUCUUUUCAAUAUUUUUAGCCUGUUUUGUAAAGAGGUAAGUGUUCUUUGCUCAAUAUAUUCUUUUGCAAGAGUCUUUCCCAGUUAUUACAAAUAUUUCCUUCAAGGUAGAUUUUCUUUACUAUUUGUUGAUUGAAUAAUGUGGCUAUGAUUGCAGCUACAUUCAACACAGAAAAAAAAUAAA